AUGACGACUAAUCCUAAGAAAAAGAGGAUGCUGAAAUUUCCUCCUCCUCCACAUCUGUUCCCGGAGCCAUCGUAUCCGUCGCUUUCGUCACUUCCAGAUGAAAUUGUUGAGAGUUUCUUAGCCCGGAUACCGAGAUCUUAUUAUGGGAAACUCUGCUUAGUGUCCAAGAGCUUUUACUCUGUUGUCUCAUGUCCGAAAAUCUACAAUGUCCGAUCCCAGAUCGGAGUCACAGAGCCUUGCCUCUACGUAUGCUUGCGGUCACAGAGGACCAACAAUCAUAUCUGGUUCACUCUCAUUAAUCAUUCUUUUGACAUUCAGCUAAAGGACGAGAGAUCAAAGGUAGUCCGAUUUCGUUUGUGGCUGAAUCGUGCGUUCCUGGCCACACGAUCUUGCUCAGAGUUAGUUUCUCGACCGUCAGACUGGCCAUCCAGUUUUUUCGAUCGUACGGACGGUAGUCGCCGCCUGGGAAAUGUGAACCCUCGGAUCGUUGGAGAUUGUCUAGGAUUUGUGCUUCUUCAAGGACGUACCGUGGCCGCUGGAUCGGACUGUCAAGGAAAGAUACCGUCGGAUUUAUCACUUCUUGUGCAAUAG